UACAGAAAACAGUUGUUGUCUGACGUCCUCCCCGGGCACACGUGAAUCAUGAACUGAUAAAUUAAUAAACUGAUAAAAUGGGGAUUUCGCCAAGUGCUGUGCUGAUUGCAUCAGUUUUUCUUGUGAAUCCAGGACUUUUCGCUGAUAAAUUUAGCGUGAAAAUUAGUGAGAAUUUAGACACAGAAAAUUGCACAGUAACAUUACAAAAAUUGCAGGAUGUUUUGGUUUCAAGUUUCUCCGGACUGAAUGAUCUUGGAUUAGGAAAUGAUAUCUCUAAUAUUGAAAUCAGUUUACCUAAACACUGGAGACAGGCUGCUUGUCAACCUGGAAGGACUGUUUUAUCCACCCGGAUAUCUGGAGCUAAACCCAACCUUAUCCUGCAACAUCAAGGAGAUGAACCUUACUCUCUUCAACCUCGUGGUUGUGGAGCUCAGGGUUUAGGUGUAUCACUACCUCUCUCUGCACUGAAUAAACCCAACCUGGAGAGUACAGUGAUGACACAACUGAUAAACUCUAGGUUCGGAGUAUUUCUCCAAGAUUAUGAAUCCCUAACUCAGAUUCUAAAUAAUACCAACUAUGAUGGGAUGAGUAGGACGGAGCAGAAUAUAAUCUGCGAAGGACGGAACCCUCUAGAUAUAAUUGGUACCCGGAGUCAACCUGUCAACUUUACUCAACCUGAGUUCAGAUAUGUUGUGGAAGGAGAAGAACAUUAUGUUCUAGUUCUAGAUCAAACCAGUAUCAUGGAUAUCAACCAAAGAUGGAUAAAUAUCAAGAAAUCUUUUAAUAGGUUUAUAAAUAAUCUCAAGGAUGGAACUAUGUUGAGUAUUAUAACCUAUGGUAGAGAAGGUAACCUAGUUUUACCUCCUACAGUAGUUACACAUACUAAUAGAGAAGGUUUACAUGGAAGAAUACCAAGAAGAAUAGAAGAAUCUAAUGAAACAUGUUUAUCAUGCGGGAUAAAACUAGCCAAUGAUAUAUUAGCUGGAAGCUCUGGAUCUAUUAUACUUGUAACUGGAAACUUGUAUUCUAAUCUCCAGGUAGAUGAUAUAACUGAGAUAUAUACAGUUCUAUAUCCAGCAAGGGAGGAAACCAAUAUUGGAACAGUUUAUUCUAUUCUUGAAGAGAAUACUGAGAAUCCACUAAACCAACUUAAUGAAGUACUUAUUGAUAUAAUGAACAGAGCUGAAGAAGAUACUCUUGCAAAGAUUCAUGAGUCUGAUCAUCUCUCUUACGAAUUCUCUGGAACUUUUAUUGUGGAAGAAAACCUAAGAGAAGAUAUAACUGUAACUCUAACAGUUGAAGAUGAACAGAAGAUAGAAUAUUUUGAAGUUAUUGAUCCAUCAGGACAAAAGAAUAUAUUCUCCAAGUUUGAGGACGGGAUGGUUUUACUCCGGUAUAGUGGAUUAAGUGAACCAGGAAUAUGGACGUAUCAUGUUAAACUGUAUCCAGAGGCAGGAUUACCAGGAACAAGGAUGCUUGUUGAUGUGGUAGCACGAGGAAAAGAGAAAGAAAUAAGGAUUGUAGGAAUACAAACCUUGAAGGUUGACAACUUCUCCACCCCUGUACAGAUACUGGCUAGGGUUGAGAGAGGAGAAGAACCAGUUCAUGGAGCUGAGAUCAAAGCUAUUGUAUCCGGACCUAACUCUGAUACAGAAAUAUUACUCAAGGAUACAGGAUACUCGGAUAUCAAGGAAGGAGAUGGUGUAUAUUCUGGAUAUUUGGCUGUAUUCUCCAGUAUACCUGGAUACUAUACAGUGAGAAUACUUAGUUCGGAUAAUAACGGAAGAUCAUUUACUCUGUCAGAGGGAGCUCCGAUACCCACUGGUUCAUAUCGGAGAUAUGUUGCUGCUCCGUCCUUCUUUGUCAAGGUUGGAGUAGUACCUGGAGAAGAUAUAAUUCCUCCGUCCAGAGUAUCUGAUCUGAGUUCAACCCUGCUCAAUACAUCCUCCUACCUAGAGAACUCGGAGCUAUCUGAACCUGAACUUGAGAACUCUACAUCUCUGAACCUAGAGCUAAGAUGGACUGCUCCUGGAGACAACUAUGAUGAAGGAAGAGUGGAUAAAUAUGAAAUAAGAUGUCACACCAAUCCUUUAGCCUUGUCUGAAGAGAACUUUACUAGUCAAGGUAUCCUUAUAAAUCAGGGUACAACCUUGAUAUCUCUAGGUUCAGGAUCUAUACAGAGAAUAUUAACCCGGGUUCCUUGGACCAAUGAACUAUUUUACUUUGCUUUAACAUCAUUUGAUGUUGCUGGGAACAGAGGACGUAUAAGUAACCUUGUUCAAGUAUAUGUUGAUGAAAAUACUGAUUCUGAUAUUACUGAGACGGAUGAAGAGAUACAAGAAGAACUUAAGCUUGGUAAACUCAGCUGGUUUCUUGAUAAACAACAGAUAUAUAUUGUAUCAGGAGUAGGGGGUGGAGUUCUUCUAAUCAUAGUUCUUCUUAUCCUUGCUCUUAUCCUUAGAGCUAAACGGUUAAAGAGAAGUAAAACACAGUGGGUUCAGGAUACAUAUGAAGCUGGAUUUACUCCGGAAACCAAGGUUGAGAGAGUUGAGACGGAGAGUGGUAUUUACAGUUGGUUAGAAUCAUUGCCUAGAUCAGAGUCUGGACAAAAGAAAGGAUUUGAGGAGGGAAGUAAUAGCUCCAGACCAACUACAAGUACAGAUGAUUCUAUCUCAGAUUCAGGGGAGCACAGGCAGAGCAAUGAAGGAUUGAUGCCUGGAACAAAACCCUUUGCAAACACCCCGCUUCGGGGUGACGGGAUGAAUAAAGAAAUUAUAUCCGGGAUGACUGGGGAUAGUCUAAAGCUGAAAGGAGAUGAAUAUGUAACUAAUGUGAUCUCAAAACCCUCUCUGACAAUAUCUCAAGCUCAGCUUAUUGAAAGAUUAAAUGGGGGAACAAUGUCUGAUCGAAGUGCAUCAUCAAACCUAAGUGUCCUUCCUUCUCAUCCAUCAGCUAGUCAUCCUUCAUCCAAUCCUCAAUCUCCUUCUCAUUCUUCAUCUAAACCUCUCCCUCCUCCUCAUCCUUCAUCCCAUCUUCUCCCUUCUCCUCAUCCUUCAUCCCAUCCUCUCCCUUCUCCUCAUUCUUCAUCCAAAACUCUCCUUCCUCCUCAUCCUUCAUCCAAACCUCUUCCUCCUCCCAUUCUUCCUCGCCAGAUUCCAUAUUUGUCUCCGUAUCAUCAUCUGAGCAGGGAGGAACCAAGACAGAGCGUACGUUCUUACUCCAGUAGUAGGUUAACAGUUGAACCUCUGGAUUAUACCAACUAUCAUGAGAUGAGGAAAACACGGCAUGAAAGUGUUGUGUGAUCAAAUUUGUUUCUUCUUGAUAAAUUACAUUUUUGUAAUUGAUAAUUCAAGGAUUUAUUAAAUUUUCGAUCAAUUUAAUGAUCAAUGUAAGUUCAUGAUUAUUUAUUUUAUGAUCAUUGAUUAAAUAUCGAUCAGUUAAAAAAACAAUGAUCAAUGUAAAAAAAAAACUUUU